UCUUCUUCCCUUCCCCACUUGAACCAGCAGAGACCAACGCAUACAGCUAACCUUGAUGGCUCUAACUCCUAUUAUUUGUUUCUCCUUCCUCUUUCUCAUUCUCAAUUCCAUUACAUCAACAGCAGCUUCACUAGGUCAAUGGAACCUCCUCCAGCAAAGCAUUGGCAUAUCAGCUAUGCACAUGCAGCUUCUCAACAACGAUCGCGUCAUCAUCUUCGACCGCACCGACUUCGGCAGUUCCAAUCUCUCCUUACCCGACGGCAGAUGCCGGAAUAACACCAAUGACUUUGCCCUCCAACAUGAUUGCUCUGCUCACUCCGCAGAGUAUGAUGUACUUACCAAUUCCGUACGGCCCCUUAUGGUCCAAACCGAUACUUGGUGCUCUUCCGGUGCCGUCUCCCCCGACGGUUACCUCAUCCAAACCGGUGGAUUCAACGACGGUGAUCGUGCUGUCAGGGUUUUUCAGCCGUGUAGUACUUGUGAUUGGCAAGAGAUUCCAAAUGGUCUCAUUCAACGACGUUGGUAUCCCACCAAUCAAAUACUACCAGAUGGACGGGUCAUCGUCAUCGGUGGGCAGCAAAACAAUUACGAAUUCUACCCGAAAUCCACAUCCACCAAUACUGUAUUCAACUUUACCUUUCUUGAACAAACCAGUAAUCUCUACCCUUUUGUUCACCUCAAUGUGGAUGGCAACCUAUUCAUCUUCGCCUACAAUAAACGAAUCUUGUUCAACUACACCAGCAACACCGUCGUCCAAACUUUUCCGGCCUUUCCGGGUUAUCAGCCUCGUACCUACCCGUAUACCGGAUCCUCAGUUCUACUCCCACUAAAGAACUUACAACAGUCUUUAGUUGAAGCUGAGGUCCUCAUUUGUGGUGGAGCUACCUGGGGUUCAGACCAGGUGGCCAUUUCAGGUACCUUCAAAGAUGCAUUAGACACAUGUGGGAGGAUCCGAAUUACUGACCCAAAUCCGACCUGGACCAUGGAGACAAUGCCCUUCGCUAGAGUUAUGGGAGACAUGACCUUACUCCCUAACGGUCAAGUCUUGAUCAUCAAUGGUGCUGCAAAGGGGGUUGCCAGUUGGGAAUAUGGCAGAGAUCCAGUGUUCUAUCCGGUUCUGUAUCAACCCGAUUACCAGAAGGUCCAGAACGGGUCUUCGUUCCAAACACUAAACCCAUCAUCCAUUCCACGUAUGUACCAUUCCACCGCAAUCUUACUCCGUGAUGGUCGAGUUCUAGUGGGAGGAAGCAAUCCCCAUCAGUACUACAACUUCACCGGCGUUCUUUUUCCAACGGAAUUAAGCUUAGAGGCAUUCUCACCGGCAUAUUUGGAUUCGGAAUUUUUGGGAUUACGGCCGACGAUCAAUACCCCGGCGUCGUAUGCUAAGCUAACUUAUGGGCAACAAAUGGAGUUACAGUUUUCAGUGACGAGUCCGGUGAAUGAAAGCAUGAUAGAGGUGACAAUGGUGGAUCCAUCUUUCACGACGCACUCCUUCUCCAUGAAUCAGAGGCUGUUGGUGUUGGAUGGAAGUAAUGUGACUGCACUAACGAACUCAUCUUAUGCAAUGGACGUGACGACUCCAAAUUCAGCUUUCCUGGCACCUCCUGGGUAUUAUCUUUUAUUUCUGGUUCAUCAAGAUAUACCUAGUGAGGGAAUUUGGGUUCAAAUCAAGUGAUAUACAGUAUUAAUGUAAUUUAAUUAAUUCACAUUUUUUAUGUUCAUAAUGGGAACAACCAGCCAUAGAAUAAAUGUAGUUAUUCAAUUCAUUUUUCUGUUCAUGAGAUGUAAUUAUUAUUAUUAUUUUUUUUUCAGAAAUUAAUAUUUGGU